CUUUCUCAUCAUCUUUUGUUCAUUCCUCCUUCUUCACCCCUCCAUCCUACAAUGACCUUCUCGAACGCCUCUAUCGCAGCUGCCUCAGGUGUGCUCAUUGUCGGCGCCUAUUUAGUCGACCCUUCCACCAUCCCCUUUGUAGCUGCCGGUGUUGCCGCCACUUGGGCUCGUCUUUUGUUUAAGAAGCGUGGUCCUAGAAUCCCACCGCUUGAUCCUAAGGAGUACCGCAAGUUCACCUUGGUUGACAAAGUGGCUGUCAGUCCCAACACUGCCAUGUACAAGUUUGCUUUGCCUAACGAUGAUGAUAUGCUGAACUUGCCCAUCGGACAGCACAUCUCAAUUAUGGCUAACAUUAAUGGCAAGGAGAUCUCUCGCAGCUACACGCCCACUAGCGGCAGUGAUGAUGUUGGACACUUUGUUCUCUGCAUCAAGUCUUAUCCUCAAGGAAACAUCUCCAAGAUGUUCAGUGAACUCUCGAUCGGUGAUACCAUUAAUGCACGUGGCCCUAAAGGACAGUUCAGCUAUACACCAAACAUGUGCCGUGCCAUUGGCAUGAUUGCUGGCGGUACUGGUCUCACCCCCAUGCUCCAGAUUAUUCGCGCCGUUGUCAAGAAUCCCGAGGACAAGACUAAGAUCAACUUGAUUUUUGCCAAUGUCACUCAAGAAGACAUCUUGUUGAAGGCUGAGCUUGAUCUUUUGUCCAAAAAGCACCCUCAGUUCCAGGUCUACUAUGUUUUGAACAUGCCUCCUGAGGGUUGGACCGGUGGUGUUGGCUUUGUGAACCAAGAGAUGAUCAAGGAACACAUGCCCGCACCUGCCGAUGACAUCAAAAUCUUGCUCUGCGGUCCCCCACCUAUGGUCUCGGCCAUGGCCAAGAUUACUCAGGAUCUUGGAUAUGCCAAGGUCAAUGCUGUCUCCAAGCUCCCUGACCAAGUGUUCAAGUUUUAAGAGUGAUUUUUCCUUUUUAUUUCAUUUAAUAGGCCAUGAAGGAGCUCG